AUGACAUUUCUCUACGAAGCGGAGACCUCGACCGUCUAUUCCAAUCUUGUGAAGAAACUCAACCACUUCCAUCUCAGCCGCCUUCGCGGAAUACUCAAGCUGAGAGGGCAAGGCAGGACCCCCGACACGGAAUUCCUAGAACGAAUCGGCAUCCUCAGCAGUCCCGCCAUACUGAGAAAACUACAGUUACGUUACAACGGCCAUUUCAUGAGGAUGGAGGACACACGUUUGCCAAAAAAACUAUUCUUUGUUUAUAUCGCCAUGGGUACUAGUCGGCAAGGAGGAAAAAAACGGCUCUACAUGGACACCUUGAAGGACUUUUUGAAACGGCUGCAGAUCCACUCGGAGACCUGUAACGACCUCCCCCAGAACAGACCGACAUGGCGAAGAGAAGAGAGAAGACCGGCGCAAAUCGGAUCGCCGACGCCAGAGCCAAAGGGCGAUUCGGAAGUCACAAUUACCUCGCCUCUUCAAUGCGAACCAUUCGCCGCUCCCAACAUGUCCGGGAUGCCAACGAGCAUUCCACGGGCGAAUCGGUUUCAUGGAACAGCUUCGGGCCCAGUUCGCCGUCAACCCGAUAACGUUUACUUCUUCUCCCACUCUCACUCCUGCCGCAAACCCCCACGCCGAUUUCUGCCUCUGUCACCGUCGAUCACAAUGUUGCUGCCCUGCUGCCACCGUCCACUGACAUCACCCGCCCUGCCCCAACCCCUGCAUCAACCGCAGCGGCCAGCAUCACCGCCGCCGCAUAUUCACGCACUCCCACACCAACGGGACGACGCCUGUCAUCUCAUCAUCUUCUACCAUCACCACUAA